UUGAUACCCCCCUUGAAGAUGGUCAAUCAACACUGUCAUGGUGGACGCACUUAACAAGAAUUCCUGAGGGAAAUAUCCUCGCGACCCUCGCUGUCAAGGUGUUUUCCGUCCGACCGAGCUCAAUGCCAGAAGAGCGUACAAUGUCAGUAUUCACGCGGAUGAAUUCUGCGCUGCGAAAUCGUCAAAAUGUCAGUACACUUGUGAACAUGACGCAAAUAUGGCAAUGGUACAUGUAUGAUUCUGCUUCCAAACAUCCAGAGCGUCCGACCAUCAAUUUUUAUGACCUCGACGCCCAACUGUUUGGGUCUGGAGCGAAAGUAGGCAAACAGCACCACGAUCCAAGGAACAGCUUGCUGUCGACCGAAAGUGCUGGAGGAGAUGAAGAAAUUGAAGAUGACGAGUCCAGUUCUUGGUUGGACAAUGUGGGAGAGAGUUCCACCGCAUGCAAUGAUGCUGACUUCGAUGUCGAAUCCGAGAUAGACUUGAGUGCAGAGGGUUUGUUGGUAGUAUUGGCAGAGGCAAGUCCUGGUGGCACACAGAAAGGCAAGGGAAAGGCCAAGGCCGAGGCUGAAGAGAUCGAGGGGGAUGACAGCGUCGAUAACGAGUGGCCGGAAACAUGGGAAUGAGCGGCUGGCUAAUUAGCUAGGGUUAUUAGCUAUCUUUUCGCCUGCUAAAAACUAUGUCACGUGACUUGCUAAAAAGCGGCUAAUAA